ACGGGGGCCGAUUGGCUGAGCUGGCUGAGGGGCUGCGGAAGCGCGCUCCGCUGUGUGGUGGCGGUGCCGGGUGGGCUGCGGCGCGAUGCGGGGUGGCUGCUGCCUCCUCCCUCUGCUGUUCCUGUGCGGACUGUGUGGCGGAAGGGAGCCGGCGCCGGGAGCUGUAACCUGCGGCUCGGUGCUGAAGCUGCUUAACACCCGCCACAGCGUUCGGCUGCAUUCUCACGAGGUCAAGUACGGCUCCGGAAGUGGGCAACAGUCAGUGACGGGAGUUGAAGCUUCAGAUGAUGCCAACAGUUACUGGCGGAUUCGUGGUAAGACUGAUGGCAGCUGCCAACGCGGAGCCCCUGUGAAAUGUGGGCAAGCAAUACGACUUACCCAUGUUAACACAGGAAAAAACUUACACACUCAUCACUUCCCAUCACCACUCUCCAAUAACCAAGAAGUAAGUGCCUUUGGUGAUGAUGGUGAAGGAGAUGACCUCGAUAUAUGGAUUGUGCAAUGCAGUGGGACACACUGGGAGCGGGAGGAUGCAGUGCGCUUCAAGCACGUAGGAACUGAGGUGUUCCUUUCAAUAACGGGGGAACAAUAUGGCCAUCCCAUUAGAGGCCAACGGGAAGUUCAUGGCAUGCCCACCGCUAAUCAUCACAACUAUUGGAAAGCGAUGGAAGGAGUCUUCAUCAAACCCAGUAUGGACCUUGCAAAACAUGAUGAGCUCUGAACUGUCAGAGGAUCCAAUAAGAUUCAUCUUACUCCAGUGUUCAGAGAUGCUAAUCCUUGGUCUCUUAAAAGUCCUGCCUUGCCUAAGUGACUGACUUUCUGUGUUACUGAAGGGCAUUAGUUCACUCUACGAAUGCAGCACUUCUGUGGGAAUGACAUCUGCCAGGCUAAGACAUUUUAAAUUUAUUUAAGAAAUCCUUCAAGCUUAUUUGGUGAAACUAGAUCAUAUGUGUUAGUUUUCACUGUCAUUUGUUUUGCCCAUUACUUCUCAAAUUCAAAAGAAAUGGAAAAAAGAAAAGUUGUACAUCUCCGCAGUCCCAGGUACCACAAAACUUUGUAUCUUGUAAUCUUUUCUUCAAUUAUAAUAUUUGGAAACUUAUUUCUAGCUAGUGAGAGAAUGCUAUUAAUGAAGAGAUGGAGUAAGUCUAGAAAGGGAAAAUACUUCUUGGAAAAUAGUGUCUUUUGGAUGAGUCAAAUUCAGCUAUUUCAGCCUUCCAGAAAAAUAUUUCAGCCCAUCUGAAAAUUGCCUCCAAUGUGUUUUAUGAGUUUCAUUGUGUAUGUACGGAAAAGUUGAAAAUAUUGUGUACGUUGAAGUAAGAAGACAAGUUUUUAUUUAUUACUUUUCUCUCAAGAAUUUUUUUUUUCUGCUGAUUGUGAUGCUGCUCAUUAUCAAAUGGUAAGACUUGCUCUAGGAUCUGAUGCAGAAAGCUACUACUUGUUCAGUUAAUAUUAGAAUUUUAUAAACUUUCAUGUGAUGUGAAUAAAUUUGUUUUAUGAUGUUCUUGCAUGGCAUUGCAGGCUCAGUAUGAGAAUCCAGGUGAAUAAGUAGUGGGACUUACACCCACGUAGGGUUCUUUUGUGUGAAUCCAGAAGAAAAAGAGUAAAUCUUAGGAAAUUGUUUGGUCCUGGAUUUUUAAUGGAGGGAUAUUCUCUAGAGUGGUAGCAAGGAAUCUUCACUGAAUAAGACAUUAAUUUCUGUGGUGUUCUUCCUCUGUGCAAAGAGGGGAAAAAGAUCCAACUCUUGAAUGCUGUUGGUACAGUGUAUUACUGGAAAUACUGACUAAAACACAAAGUACCACACAUCUUCUAUUUGCUUUAAGGAGAAAAGCUCACUAAAUGAGUGUGAAAAGUCACCAAA